CAGCCAACCACUAGAAUAUGUUUACCUUCAUAUGUCUGUCUGUGGUCUGGGACUAAUGCGUUCCUUCUCUGUCCUCAGUUAAUUCCCCAAUUUUUCUUCCUGACUCUGGGCCUCACAGGGGCCACCUUCUAUCUGAUCCGCCUGGCAAGAGGACCUCAUGUCACCCUGUGGGACAAGAAAAACAACCCAGAGCCCUGGAACAGACUCGACCCAACCUACCAGUACAAGUUUGUGGCCGUCAACACGGACUACAAGAACCUGAAGAAAGAUGGCCCUGACUUCUAAAGGUCCUCCAGGCAACUCCAGGGGCACCAAGUUUGGCAGGACCUCCUGCUGUCGCCUCAGUGAUGUGAAACGUCAUCCUGAACAUUUCCUCAGUCUCACCUCCACGGCAACAGCUCUGAAUUAACACUGUAACCCUGUGGGUAAAAACUAUUAAAGCUAACAUGAGACAGAA